AUGAUAAUAACAAUUGCAUUUUUGGUGCUUUGUACUCUUGUUGGAUCCGUUAAGGAUGCUCCGAUCGAGGAGACAAGAAAGGAAUAUUCAUGGAAAGGUCCUGAAAUCAUUACUUUCGUAGUAUCAUCCGCUGAAAAUACUAGCGUAGAAUUGGAAAAUGGAUAUACUAAUUCUGGUACUCAUGAAAGUAAUAGCUCGUGCUCGGAUUUUAAUGAAAAAUUUGAUGAAAAACAUUGUGAACAUAUCAGAAACAACCAGGACGACUUAAAAAAUAAUUGUGGACAGAAAAACAACAAUACCGACCACACAGGUAAUAAUGUUUUAGUACGUAACAAUCUAACUGAUGGGAAUGAAAUAGUCACACAACUAAAUGAAAGCCAAGAAUUUGUUUGCCAAAAAUCAUGUCCGUCUGGUUUCAUAGUUAAAGGAUUUUGUCUUGACAAGCAAGAAGAUGAGAUAUGUUUGAUUAAACGAUGUUUUAACGAUGGUCAACCUCAAAACAACUUUAACGACGGUCCACCUCAAAACAACUUUAACGACGGUCCACCUCAAAACAAUUUUAACGACGGUCCACCUCAAAACAACUUUAACGACGGUCCACCUCAAAACAACUUUAACGACGGUUCACCUCAAAACUACUUUAAUGAUGUUAUAAACGUUGCUUUAAGCGUUGCUUUAAUCGUUGCUGUAAUCGAUGCUGUAAUCUUUCUCGUCAAAAAAUGCUCUCAAAAAUCAAUGAAAACAGAGACUCAAAUGUCUAGUAACCAAACGCCUAAUCAUCAAAUCUCUGGAGUCAAUGAAACAUCCCAAAAUGAUCCUACGAUCAUAACAGAUCCUGAAACUCAAGCUGCAGAAAAUACAGCAUUCCUGCCACGAAAUCAACUGUACACUGAUGCUGAUGACCAAAAGAGAGAAAACGGCAUUUCGGUUACUAUUUCUGGCAAUUCAGAAGGUCCUGAAACUCAAGCUGCAAACACUGAUGCUGAUGUUAGCUUUACUUAUGACGAACAAAAAGCACAUAGUCUAACGGUUAUUCAUAAAAACUAUCCACAUGAUUUUAUAUUACGAGAAAGUUAUAAUGCUUUUCUUAAAAACAUUUGGAAAAAAUUACCUCCAUAUAUUAAAUGCAUCAUAAAAGUGGAUUUCGGUUAUGCAAUUUUCAAACCAAUUAAUAUGAAAUCUUAUAACUGGUUCAAAGAUUCAUUGGAAAAAAAUUUAGGAGACAUGCAAUUAAAUGUCGUUCCGACAGCAGAUGUCAAACCGAUUAUAUUCGUUAUUACUAUAAAAAAAAGUGGUUUUUCUAUUGAAGAUGAUAAAAUAGUACCAAGAAUUUUGAAAAGUCAUGAAAAAUAUUUUGAUUGUCAAAAAAGCUUCAUGCAACUGGUUUCUGACCAAAAAAGUGAAAAUGAAGAUAAGGAAAUUGAAAUUUGUCCUGUAAACUUUAAGAUCUUGAAAGACGAGCUUAACUUCAAAUUAGUUAUUGAAGGAGUGGAUUAUAUUACUAGAAUGAAAUAA